GUUGGUCACAUCCUUCCCCUGCAGAGGACUCAGGCAAGUUCCUGCCCACAAAGGCCAGGGUAGCACACUGACAGAACAAGGUUUUGUUAUUAACAUACGGAAUUGAGGGGAAACUGUGCUCUGUGAUUUUACACAUUUGAUAACGUUAGAGAAAUUGGACUCAAGUCAUCGAAAUGAAAGCCCUCAUCUUUACAGCUGCUGGACUACUUCUUCUGUCACCCAUGUUUUGUGGAAGUGGCAAGGAAAAUGUUUCAGACAACUUGGUAAAACCAACCCUAACUAUUAAGACCUUUCAUGGAUUUCCCCCAAAUUCUUUUGAAGAUUUCCCCCUUUCUGCCAUAGAAGGCUGGACAGGAGCCACCACAACUGUAAAAAUGAAGUGCCCUGAUGAAACUGCUUCAACUCUCCAUGUGAAUAAUGUGACCAUGGGGUACCUGCGAAGUUCCUUAAGUACCAAGCUGAUACCUGCCAUCUAUAUCCUGGUAUUUGUGAUUGGUGUGCCAGCCAAUGCUGUGACCCUGUGGAAUAUCUUCUUUGUGACCAAAUCCACUCGUCUGACUAUCUUCUACACCAACUUGGCCAUAGCAGAUCUUCUUUUUUUAAUGACACUGCCAUUUAAGAUAGCUUACCAUCUCAAUGGGAACAACUGGGUAUUUGGAGAAGUCAUGUGCCGGGCCAUCACAGUCAUCUUUUAUGGUAACAUAUAUUGUUCCAUUCUGCUCCUUGCCUGCAUGAGCCUUAACCGCUACCUGGCCAUUGUCCAUCCUUUCAUAUACCGAAGACUACCCAAGCGCACCUAUUUUUUGCUAGCAUGUGGACUGGUGUGGAUAACGGUUUUCUUAUAUAUGCUGCCAUUUUUCAUUAUGAAGCAGAAAUAUUAUCUUCCCCAGCUGGAUAUCACCACCUGCCAUGAUGUCUACAACACAUGUGAGAAGUCUUCACCUCUCUUCCAGUUCUACUACUUUAUCUUCUUAGCUUUUUUUGGAUUCUUAAUUCCAUUUGUGGUUAUAAUCUACUGCUAUACAAACAUCAUCCACAAACUUGGAACAUAUGAUCAUAGAUGGUUGAGUUAUAUCAAGGCAAGUCUCCUUAUCCUUGUGAUUUUUACCAUUUGCUUUGCUCCAAGCAAUAUUAUACUCAUCAUUCACCAUGCUACCUACUACUACAACACUACUGAUGGCUUAUAUGGUACCUAUCUCAUAGCUCUAUGCCUGAGUAGCAUAAAUAGUUGUCUAGAUCCAUUCCUUUAUUUUCUCAUGUCAAAAAUUGUAGAUCACUGCACUUCUUAGAGUUGUGAGAUUAUUUUAAGAUCAUGGAAAGCUAUCUGUGAAAACACACAUAGUAGGACAAUAUAUGCAAAGUAUAAGGAGCUCUAUUCUCUAGCUCCACUUUUUUACCUUCUAAGAAAUAAUGCUUCAAAUAUCAAAUGUUACAAAAGUACUAAUAAUUGGGGCUGGGGUUGGGGCUGGGGCUCAGCAGUAGAGCACUUGCCUAGAAUGUGGGAGGCACUGGGUUCGAUCCUCAGCACCACAUAAAAGUAAACAAAUAAAAUAAAGGUGUUUUGAAAAAAGUACUAGUAAUUAUUUUUUAAAAAAUACUUCAUACUUCAGUAUUUUAAGAAGGUUAAUGAGGAGAAAAGUUUGAUGAAACUGCUUCAACUUUCCAUGUGAAUAAUGUGACCAUGGGGUACCUGCGAAGUUCCUUAAGUACCAAGCUGCUAUCUGCCAUCUAUAUCCUGGUAUUGUGAGUGGUGUGUCAGCCAAUGCUGUGGAACACCUUCUUUGUGACCAGAUCCACUCAUUUGACUAUCUUCCACACCAACUUGGCCAUUGUAGAUCUUCUUUUUUUUUUUUUUUUAAUGAUGCUGCUAUUUAAGAUAGCUUACCAUCUCAAUGAGAACAACUGGGUAUCUGGAGAAGUCAUAUGCCGGGCCAUCACAGUCAUUGAACUAGUCAAACUUUUUACUUUGCCAUGUCAAAUCUUUUGUCAAACCUUUUGCUUUGCCAUGAAGUUAAUUUUUCCUCUUUUUACUCCUGCCUCUGCUGGAAAACUAGUUCUAACAUCUUUGCCUUAAUUCUGGCCAUUUCUGGAAGUCCUCAAAGGACAGUCCUUGCCAGAUGCUCAUGUUAGAAUGUCAUUUUUCUCAUCUCAACUUCCAAAGCACUUUCUUAUAUUUUCUAUUAUAUAUAGAUAUUAUGUAUCUAAUAAUUUAUACUAAUAUUAGUUCCACAAACAAUUAAGCACUAUGUAUAGUAGGCCCUCUAUAUCUGUGGGCUCCAUAUCUGCAGAUUCAACCAACUAUGGAUCAAAAACAUUUUUAAAAAAGACUGCCUCCAGGCUGGGACUAUGGCUCAGUGGUAGUGCAUAUGCCUGACAUGCGUGAGGCACUGGGUUCGAGUCUCAGCACCACAUAUAAAUAAAUAAAUAAAAUAAAUAAAGGUCAAUCAACAAUUUUUUUUUUAAAAAAAGACUACCUCUGUAUUGAAUUCGUACAGACUUUCCCCUUGUUGUCACUCCCUUAACAAUACAGCAUAACAACUAUUCACAUAGUGUGUACAUUUUACAUGCUUUGCACAUCAUGUGGCCAAAUUAGUGAAAGAAUAAAAUCCCCAAACAUCUAAAUAGAAUGGAAGCCCAUUCAAUACACAUGGAAGAGGCAAUAUACUCUGCAUGAGAUGACCUCAUUUCUGGUUGGGCAUAUUUAAAACAAAAAAAGCAAGGGAGUUAAACUAAGAAUAUACUCAUAGGUCAUUUAGAGAUUUAAAAUAGUGCCUCUAUUUUUAUUCCUUAUAAUUUUAAUGGGGAGAUAGUAUUGUGUUAUAAACUUUCAGUAUAUUUCCAUUGGUAAAUAACUAUAUUUCUCUUGACUUAGGGAUAAGAUAGGAGGUGAAAUAUUAGAGCCUAAUCUGGUAAACAUUAGAGCAAGCAAAGAAAAACGAAUCUAAAAUAAGUUUCAAGAUUCCAAAAAAUGUAGCAAUAUUCACUUGUUAAACACAUACCUAAUUUGUAUAGAGUAAAUAUACAAGGAGUAAAUCAGAACUUUUUGGUGGGGUGUAUUUCAUAUGCUGUCAGACAAAGCCUUCCGUUUUAAAACUGCUCACAAUUCACUGCCUCUAGUGGAUAGACAAAGAAAAUGUGUUCUACUCUGCCACAUAUAUAUCAAUUUUGUCCCCAAAAGAAAAAAAUAAUUUUUGCCUACACAGUUACACUGUUAAAAAGGAUCAAGAAUCCUCACUAACUUACAUUACUGUCCCCAAUCUUUGAGCAUCCUUUUGUGAAGAUGUUAUCCAUUGUGAUCUUUAAUGGCUAAAUAUUUUGUAACAUCUUUACCCAUAGUGAUAAUAUCAGCAAUGUAAUUCUCUUCUAUUAUUUUUCAAGUUCAAUCUUUGGAAAAAGAAGCACUGAAAUACUACCCUAUAAAAAGACACUGGAAAUUUCCAUCAAUCAAAACAUUAUGUUUAAAAAAAAAAAGUCUCAGCCAAACAAACAGAAACAGAUUUUUCUAGGGAAAAGAACAGACUGAGAAAAGUUUAAAAUAUAAUGGACUUCAGAGUACCUUGGCAGAUACUUAUAAACCAAAAUUUGGGUCCUGAGGCAGAAGGAUUGCAAAUUUGAGGUCAGCUUUAGCAACUUAGUGACACCCUGUCUCAAAUUAAAAAAUAAGAAGGACUGGGGAUGUAACUCAGUGGUAAGUGUCCCUGGGUUCAAUCCCUAGUGCCAAAAUUAAGUAAGUAAGUAAGUAAAUAAUAAUGAACUAAAAAUGUAAACUGUAUUUAAAAAUAGUAAUUUAAUCAAACGAGUAAUUCCUUGAAAUUUUAGUGUUUUGAAUUUGUCAGCAAUGGCCAAUAGAGCUCAAGCCCCUAGUUUCAUAGGUCAAAAGUGUUUUGACUUCUGAGAUAGCAUCAGAUCCCUGUCCUCCAUAUUUAAAGCUCUGAUUGUACCACUGAGGCUGCAGCUUCCACACAUAGGAAGCCUGCCCAAUAGAGGAAAUUGGAGGCUUCUGAGUGUUCAUCUUGUUCUAAAGCUUUCGCCUGGAAUGCUCUGGAGAGGGCCUAUACCACCUGUAAAAGUUCUUGGCCAUGUGAUGUUGGGCUCCCCUCAAAAGACAAAUACCCAUUGUAGGCAGAGAAAAACUGAGGUGUGUUGACAGAGCAGAUCCUGUGUCUAAUAAGGACCCUAUGAUAUGAUAUAGACAUUAUUCACCCCAACUUGGAAGGUAGCCAGCCACAGUUGCCUAUACUACUAGCUAAAUUAUUUAAGCUGGGUUUUUCUUUGUGGGGGGACACUGCCAGGUUUCAUGUUAAAUGCUGUAACUUACGUGUGUGUGUGUGUGUGUGUACACACACAAAUGUUUAUAAUUAAUGUUAUUAUAUGUAAUUAUUGUUCAUAUAAUAUUACUGUAUAUAUUUUAUAUAAUUUCAUUUAACUCUCAUUAUAAUUCUGUAAGACAGGUAUCAUGUUUACACAUUUGAAAACAAGCAUAUAGAGAUGUGGUAACCUGACCUAGGUCACGUAGCCAGGAUCCAUAUGGUGCCUGUCUUCAAGACAAAUAAUUUUCUCUUUCAAUGUUCACAAGUUUGCCUUAUAGCAUGGACACAGCCACCUCCAUGGGAAUAGCAAGGAGAAGCCCCAUCCCCUCUCCCUGGAUGUGGGGGCAUGAGACUUGGGUUUGGGUCCUCACUCUUCCAUUCAAUGGUAGUACCUGGCCAAGCACUCAUUCUGAAACCCAAUUUACAUCAGGUGAGAGCACCACUCCACAGCUGCUGUGGCAGAUCUCCAUGAAGUGAGAGAGCACUUUGUAAGGCAAUCCUGCUGGAAGGCCAGAAGGCCCCACCCUGGGGCAUCAUUUCCUCCAAGUGAGCAAGAUAUACUUUGGUCUUUAAAGGUUUAGAAACACUCAGUGUUUCCUAAAAACACACUCUAAAAAUUUAAAAAUCCAAACAGUAGAAAGACAGAGAAAAAGAAGUCUCCCAUCUCCUUCAGUCUUCUAGUUCAUAUUCUAGAAGUCAUCUCCUUCCAGAAAUAUUUCAUACAUAGAUAAGUGUGCAUGUCUCCUGCUCCCAUUGAUAUGUCUCUCAUUUUUAUGUAGAAGCAUGCAUUUUUUGCCUUGAAACAUUUAAGUAAUUUUUGGUCUUUUGUUAUUGCAAAUAAAGGUGCAAUAAACAUCUCUUUCCAUCUCUCUGAAU